GCUGAGGGCAGCACCUGGCAUGGAGCCCGAUCCCAUCACCCUGAGAUCCUGACCCGAGCUGAAAUCAAGUCAGACGCUUAACUGACUUAAAGUUGUAAGUUAACUCAGUUGUUACAGUUGUAAGUCAGUUGUAACUGAGUUACAAUGUAUACGGUCACAGGCAGAGAGGAGGGCUCAGAAGCAUGGGCCACUGAAAUGACUUAGUGAAGUCACUUAGGGUUGGAACCCGGAAAAUCCCACUUGUGUUUAAAACCCAGGGUUUUCUCCGUAAAUUACACAUCAGGAGCUGCCCUUUGGGUGUUUAUAAGCGGCAGGUGGGAGGUGUAUGAAGAGACAGAGCAUUGCGGAGGAAGAAGGAAUGAAGACAAACGCCGAGGCAAGGAGUGCCCAGAACAUGCGCUACAGUUACAGUGACUGUUUUUGUACCAUGAAAUUCAGACUACAAUCCUUUCAUGGAUUAAUAGGUAUCUCUCUUUAUCCCUCUGUAGGGAAUUCAGGCCCCAGGAGGGUGUUCCUUCUUGAAUGGAUAGCCUCACACCUCCGAACAAUGUGACUGAUUUUUUUCUCUUGGGACUCACGCAGAAUCCACGCUUGCAGAAAAUACUCUUCGUGGUCUUUUUGUUCAUUUUUCUAUUUACUGUGCUUGCCAAUCUGCUCGUUGUCAUCACCAUCUCCCUCAGCCCCACACUUUCCGCUCCCAUGUAUUUCUUUCUUACUUACUUGUCUUUUAUAGAUGCCUCCUACACCUCUGUGACCACCCCCAAAAUGAUCAUCGACCUGCUGUAUCAGAGGAGAACCAUCUCCUUGGGUGGCUGCCUGACUCAGCUCUUUGUGGAGCACUUCCUGGGAGGAUCAGAGAUCAUCCUCCUCAUUGUCAUGGCCUAUGAUCGCUAUGUGGCCAUCUGCAAGCCCCUGCACUACACAACCAUCAUGCGACAGGGGCUCUGCCGCCUCCUGCUGGCGAUGGCCUGGCUAGGGGGGAUCCUGCAUGCCGCUGUGCAGACGCUUUUCAUGGUCAGCUUGCCCUUCUGUGGUCCCAACGUCAUUGACCACUUCAUGUGCGAUCUCUUCCCUCUGCUGAAACUUGCCUGCAGCGACACCUACAGGUUGGGAAUGGUGGUGGCGGCCAACAGUGGGGCCAUGUGCUUGCUCAUUUUUUCCAUGCUACUCAUCUCGUACAUAGCCAUUCUGAGGUCCCUGAAUUCCCACGGCUCCGAAGGACGACACAAAGCCCUCUCAACAUGUGGCUCCCACUUUGCCGUAGUUGUACUUUUUUUUGUGCCUUGCAUAUUCACUUACAUGCGUCCUGUGGUCACCUACCCUGUGGAUAAGCUGGUGACUGCGUUCUUUGCAAUCCUCACUCCCAUGUUAAAUCCUAUCAUUUAUACAGUGAGAAACACAGAGGUGAAAAAUGCCAUGAGGAGUCUGUGGAAGAAGAGAGUUAGUUAG